GACGGGGUGGGGCGGGAGCGGAGCCGGUGGCCGCGGGCGGGGCUCCUCUCCGGCGGGUGCCGGAGUCUGGGGGCCGCGGCUUCCCCCUCCCCGCCCGCCGAGGCGCUGGCCCCUCCUUCCCCCGCCGCCCCCGUGCCCGCCGCUGCUGCCGCUGUCAAAGAUAAAACCGGGCCAUUGCCUGCAGGAGCCCUGGCAGCAGGCGAUCGGACGGUGAGGAUCCUCGGGCGCCGCCUCGCCUCCUCGGCCUGGCUCCCGCGACAGCACCGUGGACAGCACAGACCCCCUCUCAGGGACCCUCCGGCCCGCAGGAGCACUCUUCGGGUUUCGGCGAUCUCAUCAGUACCGCGGACAGCGCCCAGGCCCUCGCUGGCCUCGGCCAGCCCACCGGCUCUUCAAAUCAGCACCGCGGACAGCCCCCCUGGACCAGCCCAGCGGCAGCCAAGGACUGGUCAGAACGCCCUGAAGAUGGCCACUGAGGUCCACAAUCUUCAGGAGCUCAGGCGAAGCGCUUCACUGGCCACCAAGGUCUUUAUUCAGAGAGACUACAGUGACGGCACCAUCUGUCAGUUCCAGACCAAAUUCCCGCCAGAGCUGGAUAGCCGGAUUGAGCGGCAACUCUUUGAGGAGACUGUGAAGACCCUCAAUGGUUUUUAUGCGGAGGCGGAGAAGAUCGGGGGCAGCUCCUACCUGGAGGGCUGCCUGGCCUGCGCCACAGCCUACUUCAUCUUCCUCUGCAUGGAGACCCACUAUGAGAAGGUCCUCAAGAAGAUUUCCCGUUACAUCCAGGAGCAGAACGAGAAGGUCUUUGCCCCCCGAGGGCUUCUGCUCACGGACCCUGUGGAACGUGGGAUGAGGGUUAUCGAGAUCUCCAUCUAUGAGGACCGGUGCAGCAGUGGUAGUUCCAGUAGCGGCAGCAGCAGCGGCAGCGGCAGCAGCAGUGCUGGCGGGGGAGGGGCGGGGGCCCGGUGACUGGCCGAGAGUCCCUGCAGGGAGGUGUAUGGCCGGAGCGAGGGCCUGGCAGAUCUGCGGAGGCUGCGCUACCAGAGCACCCGCUUCUGAGUCUUUCUCUGGGCCCACCCUGCCUUGUAGCGUGGAAGGGAGGGUGACUGCCCACUGUUCCGUGUCCCCAGCCCUUUGCCCCUUGGCAGGAUCUUCUUUCUGACCCAGGACCCUUUUUUUUUUUCCUUCCAUGAAGCUGAUCUUGGUCAUCAGAGUCAGACCUUCCUAGAGUGUCUGGGGUAGGGGUGGGGGGACCCAGCUUGGACAAACCCUCUCUUUCCUGCCUCCUUCCUCACUCUAAGGAGGGCCUGGAGAAUUCCUACCCUGCAUGAUUCUUCACCCUCAAAGUCCAUGUUAACCUGGACUCGGCUCCCUGGGGCUCUCUCUAAGGCCUAACACUACCAUGGGCUCCUGCUUGUCAAUGGUCCCACCUCCUCAUUGGGGAUCUGGGGAGACAGGUGCCCCAGGAGUCAUCCAGCCGCUCCAAAGGCAGUGUGUUUCCUGUCCUUCACUCAGAGGCGAAAGUUCUCUCAGCCUUGCCAAGAAGCACCCAACUCUGAGACUUUGUACCCCACCAGGAACUGAUUUUAGGGGUUCAGCCUAGGACUCUGAUGGGGUCCACUGGGGUACGGUAAAACUCUUUGGAUGAAUGCAGCUGGACAGAGCUUGAACUCCUGAACUGGAGCCAAUUCCUGCAUCGUGUGCAUAUGUGUGGAGUGCACUGUGUGCACAAAUGUAUGUAUGUAUGUGUGUGUGUUUAUGUGUGGCCAAGCAUGUACACAUGUGAGUAUACAAGUAUAUGAAUAUGAGUUAUGAGUGCUAUAUAUGUAUGACUGCACAGGUCAAUGUGUGUAUGAACCUAUGUUUAUCUGAGUGAAUGAGGGAGAAUGGUUAAGUGCAUGUGUGCAACACAUGCAUGCAAAUUAUGUAUGCUUGUGCACAAGUGCAUGUGUGUGAGUAUGCAUGCCUAUGUGUAAGCGUGUGUGCACGUGUGUGUGGGGAGAGAGAGAGAGAGAGAGAGAGAGAGAGAGAGAGAGAGAGAGAUAUUUCAUGUGUGUUCUCUUUGGCUGCUGGGCUAAUGACUUCAAAGUCCUGCCCUGUCCUGUCCCACACUGGUGUGCAGAUCCCCCCUGUGAGUCCCUCCUGGCCCUCUGUAAGUCAAUGUCUUAAAGCUGGGCUGUCUGCUUGGCUCUUCCUCCUGGCCUUUCUCCCACCUCUGGCUCUAUUGUACACACUCUAAUGGAGGAACAGUGGGGGUCCUAGGAGAACAGAGCCAACAUUUAGGUGGUCUUUGGUGCCCCUCUCCCAGUCCCCAUGGCACAGCGGGGCCACGGAUGCUGCAGAUUCAGCCUGCCCGGGUGUCAGGACCCUGAGGCCCUGUAGAGGAGGCUUCCCUGGACAUUCAAGGCAAAUGUGUCUUGCAAGGACAAGCUAACGGUGCUGUGGCUCCCGAGGGGAGCCAGUUGAAGGGGAGGCAUCCUGGGGCCUGAAGAUGGACAGAAAGGGGCUGCCUACCUCAGCAGGCAGGAGGUGCUAGAACUAGACAGGAAACACCAGCCACUCUAAGCAGCUUUCUGGAGCUGAAAGGGCCUGUUUCUCUACGGGCCAAAGCAGCAGCAUGUGGCAGCAGGAGACAAUGCUGAGGAUGGAGAGGGCUGGCCAAGCCCUGAAGCCUCAGGGGGCCUGAGCCCUAUGACCCCUGGUGCAAUGAACCCCUUCUUUCCAAGCUGUAACCCCUGGUUCCUUGCAGAAGCCUGUGCCGUCUGUAGCCUGCGGUGCGGCCAGGCAUGUGUCAGCCUGUUGGGAAGGUUGGGAAGAGGCAAAAUGGAGACCUUCUGUUUAAUUCCUUUCCCAAUAAAAGGACUUGCCAGCUUGGGGCUCCA